AUGCUUCUAGUAAAGUACUUUUUCUUUGUCGCCUUAUGUUACAACUCGAUAUUUAUUGCAGCUGUUCCUUACCUUGUUUCGUUAAAAUCAACCGAAACAUUAGAUACAUUUUUUAAAUAUGACGUCAAUUAUCCUCUGAGUCAAAGAGUGAAAGCUUUAAUUAACAACUCCUUUGCAAUAGGAAACUUUACAGGUUUCUCGGGUGAUUUUUCUAAGGCUGUAUUAGAUAGAUUAAAAAAAUGUCCUUUGGUCGCUGAUUUAACGCCUGAUAUAAUCAUAAACGCUUUCGAUGUAGGCGUUCAAACAAAUUCCCCCAGACAUUUAGCUAGACUAUCCCAAAAGGAAAAGCUAACGGGAAACAAAUUUAGCUAUUAUUACGAUACAUCUUGUACAGGUAAUGGGGUGAAUGCUUAUGUGCUUGAUUCGGGAGUUAUGAUUGAUCACCCCGAGUUUCAAGGAAGGGCCUCCAAAGGCAAGGAUUUCACCAAAGAAGGAUUUGGGGACACAAAUGGUCAUGGAACGCAUGUAUCUGGAAUUAUAGGAUCCAAAUCAUACGGUGUAUCUAAAGAUGUUAACAUUAUUGAAAUUAAAGCUUUGGACAAGAGUGGCGCUGGCUCAUUGAGUACUAUAAUAGCAGCGAUUGAAUUUGCAGUCAACCACAGAAAAAUCAGUGGAAAGCCUGGCGUUGCCAAUCUUUCUUUGGGAGCAACGAAAAAUGCAGUUUUAAACAGAGCCGUUGAUGCAGCCUUUGAUACAGGUUUGGUGAUGGUGGUAGCAGCGGGAAAUUCCAAUAUUAAUGCAUGCAUUACAAGCCCAGCUAGUGCAUCAUCUGCUAUUACAGUAGGAGCUAUAGAUGAUAAAACGGAUGGAUUAGCAACAUUUUCUAACUGGGGAGAGUGUGUUGAUGUAUUUGCAAGUGGAACAUUUGUAGAAAGCGUUAACACUAAAGACCACCGUUAUCCGCAGGUGCUUUCAGGCACAUCGAUGUCGGCUCCAAUAGUUACUGGACUAGUAUCAAACUUAUUGAGUAAAGGAAUUUCACCUUACGAUAUAAAGGACCAUAUAAUUGAGAUGGCAUCUAAGCAUAAAAUCAAUAAAGCAUCAAUGUUCUUGCGGAGAAAAACCCCCAAUAGGAUAGCCUACAAUCAAGUGUUCCAAGAUUCAGAUUCAGAUGCUGAAUCAGACUCAGAAGCAGAAGAGUAA